AUGUUGAAAUCGUUACCAAGUUCAUUGCGUUCAGUUGCAGCCAAGAGAAUUGCCACUCAAUCUUCAAGGUUGAGAUCAGGCACUAUGCUUAAAUCAUGCCCUAAAGCAAUUACUACCAUUACAACCAGAUCAUUCCAUCAAACUUCGAUUAUGUUUAACCAAACCCCCGAGUCAGCCUUGAAUGAAGUUGUAAAAGCAGAGAGUAAAAUAUCUGAAGCAAUUCCUAAUGAAUUGGAUCAAGUAUACCAAGAGUUUUUAAAUACCAGUGGAUUUGAAGUUGUCUCUACUCCAGGCACUGCUAGUGUUGAAUUGGUGAAGAAAGAUGCUGAUACGGGAAACAUUUUACAUGUUUACUUUGACAUUGAUGAAGUCACCGACAUUCCCACCGAAGACUUGGCAGCUUUGGAGUCAGGUGAUUUAGAAGAAGAGGCAAACCAAUUGGACCAAUUGUUGUGUAAUGUCAAAAUUCUUGUUGAAAACCCAUCAAACAAUUCAGGUUUGUUUUUGAAUUUGUUUUUACAAAACACAGAGUCUUCUUUUAUGAUUGAUUUUGUCAAUGUUCAAGAAGAUGUAAGAUCUUUUAUCAAGUCCAUCAAGGAGGAAAACGAAUUUAUCGAUAAAUUUAAAUACCAAGGUCCAAAAUUUGCUGAGUUGGAUGAAAGCUUACAAACCGAAUUUGAAAACUACUUGGUUGCCAAGGGCAUUGACAAUGAAUUGGCCGAUUUCAUUGUGGCUUUCAGCGAUUACAAGGAAGAAGGUGAAUACAGAACUUGGCUCAAUGCUGUUUCCAAAUUUUUAAACUAA